AUGGCGAACACGAUUUCCCUGCGCUUCCCAUUCAAGCUGGACGGAUACGAGCACAAGGCGGAGGUAAGCACCCCAGUGAUCAGGAAGGAGAACGUAGUCACUUUUUCGCUUCCCUUCAACGCAACUGUUUCCGUUGACUCGGAGAAGGCGUAUACCGUAUACUACAAGCGAGCAGAAGAAAGGAAGAAAUUUAUGUACGUGGUGACCAUAGAGUUCAAAAGCAUCAACGACGCAAUCUCGUUCUCUGGCACCCCCAUCGUGCAUCUAAGCCACCAAGAGCUCAUACUCCUCGAAAACAUAAACCGGCAGUUGGAGGAGGUUUCUGACCUUCUCGAAGCAUCUGGGAACUCCUGGAGGAAAAGAAGAAAGUGCUCCGAGCCAGACGAAGAGGGCUAUUUCACGGCGUAG